GUUUAGGGGCCUUUAAAAAAGGCCCUUGCGGUGACCACGUUGACUGGCGUGGCACACAGAGUGCGUCCCAGGGCUUGAAGACCCCAAGAGUGUGCGUUGCUGUAGGAAGACCUACGUGGAGGUGGAAAGGACCUGAAGGUCUCUGUUUACGUUGAUGUUGACAAUGAGUCUGGAUAUGGAGCAAUCAAGUAAGAAAUUGCACUAUGAGGAUCUGCAUCAUUCAAGAUAAAUAGAGAUGAACAGUUGUGACUAGUAAAUUAAAAUUUCUGUAGGAGAGGGAUGGGAAAUGAAAGGUGCAGGACAGCAGUGGCAUUGGAAGAAAAGCAUAUUGAGAUGGACCUGAAGUGGAAUCCUGGCAGAAUUUCUCAUCUGGCCUCAGCUGCAGUCUGGGUGACUGAUUUGAGUUGGCGAGGCAACCUAAAUCCCAGUCUGCUGAUUAAAGAUGACAGAGAACUCCUUAUGGAUGAAUACCUUUCCCCCAGGAAACUGAAAGUUUUGACAGGGGUAGAUGACCUGCAGCAAGUGAAGGCCCUGGAGAUGCGAGUAGAUACAAGAGAGAAGAGCUUGGGGAACUUUGGUGCCUAUCUACCUAAUCUGAGAGAACUGAAGUUGAACAAUAGCUUGCUUGUGUCUGUGAGGGAUCUUGGAACCACAUUGUCCCACCUCCACGUCCUAUGGAUGGCUUGCUGUGGGCUCUCAGAUUUAGAUGGGAUCUCUUCCUGCAGCUCUCUAAAAGAACUCUACAUAGCCUAUAACAACAUUUCGGACCUGAGCCAGCUGACCUGGUUGGAUCACCUUGAGGUUUUGGACCUGGAAGGUAACAAUAUUGAGGACAUCAACCAGAUGCAGUACCUGGGACUUUGUUGCAAGCUGAGCCGCCUGACAGUGGAGGGCAACCUUAUUUGUCUGAAGCCAAAUGCAGAAUCUGCAGAGGAACCAGAUUAUAAUUACAGAGCUGAAGUAAAAAAACUCAUUCCCCACUUGGAGUAUUUGGAUGAAAUACCAGCAAGGCAAACUGCUCUCCUUCCUUCCAAGAAGAUGCAUGAGGAUUGGCUAAUCAUCAAGGAAUCCAUCAAGGAAGGUGGUUUAGCUGGAGACAUUUCAUGGUUAGAUCCGUAUCUUGGGGCAAUAGCAAGGCAGUCUGGAUGCAGCCCAAGACCCCCAACAGCUUCCAGACCUGGAACUGCGCAGUGGUCUGCUAAUGCAGGGAGAUCUAGCAAUGCCCAUCUCUUGUACAGUGGCUGUCCUCUUCCAAAUCCCCCUGUUUCUGAUGAGCUGUUCACAGAAGAUGACUCUAGUGAUUUGACACAUGGACUUAGUCAAGUUAUAUGUGGGAACCCCACCAAGGCCCUUCGUGCAAGGAGGCAAAAGCUAGGUCCACCUGCAGUGAGCCCUUUGAAAGUAUGUGGUCUGAGGACAGAAAACUUUUACGGCUCUGGAGGAGCAGGAGACCUGCACCAGGAAGAUGUGUUCUCUGAACUGAGAAUACAGAGAGAGCAGCCCAAGUGGUGCCUGCAAACAGGUCAGCAAGAAAAAGCCAUCCAAGCACUGAAGGUAACUCUUAGUGGUGAGGAAGAGGGUGAAGACUGCAGCCUGACUGACAGCUGUGAAGAUGAGUUGAGGGAGACCGGUGAUGAGGACCUCACUGAAAGGAUUUCACUUGAUUUUUCUUGCCACUCCUGUCUCUCCCAGUCUUCCUCAGGUUCGUCACAGGCUCAGGAAGGUGCAGUGUUCCCCAACCUGAACCACUGUCUAAUUCCGUCCCCUCCAAAAAGCCCUUCACCUGCAUCUGUAACGGGUGUUGCAGCAAGACCCUGGAAAAUGAGGAACCACAGGGUAAGAUGCCUAAAAGUACCCAGCCAAGAGGAGGAGAGGCAGUGGACACAGCGAUGCCAGUCAAGGACUCAUCAAGAAACUUCAGCCCAGUCUCUGGGCAAAGAACUUGCCCUCCUGAGCCAGCAUGGCAUGCCGGGUGCCUCCAGAUCCCAAGGGCAGGGCCAGCCUGCUGGGAGCACCGGCUGGCGAAGACCUAUUUCAGGACCAGCAGCUGUUGGAUCAACAAGCAUCAGGCCCAUCAUGAAUGAGAGCUGGCUUGGAGAGAUCAACCAGCACCAGCCAGCUGUCUGCUCAUCAGCAAAAGCCUCAGAGAGGUUUGGGCUGAUGAACACUGCUUGGCCCCUGACUGCCAGGGCCAUGUUGCAGUCCUUGCCAGACAGACCCACUGCCUUAACAACAUCUCAGAACAAGUCCCCAGUCCUAGAAGAUACCCAGGUGGCAGAGUGUGUUGGAGCUGCGUACACAGCACAGUCUUGAAGGUUCGACGCUAUCUUUCAGCAGCUUUUGCAAGCUAAACGCAGAGCUGUGCAAGUAGAGCAGUUCAAACAAAUGACAUGAUUUGCCUUAAUUAAGGCUACAGCUGGUCCAGAAAUGCUUUCUUUAAAGAGCACCCAGUGAUCAACAGAAGAGCUAAUCAACCUCUUAUUACAGAAAAACAUGGUUAUUUUUGUAGCCUUCAUGCACUAAAACAGAACAAGUCCUAAUGUAUUUCCUCUCAUCCACACCAUGCCCUGCUCUGUGAGUCAGGCGGGGACACCGAACCAAGAAGAGCAUGGAGCCUGCAGUUUGUGCAGUAGGCUGGAGGAGAUGAGGGACACAGGGCAUUCCCUCUCACGCUCAGCCGCCUGACCUAGCAGCAGCCCCGCGAUGUAUCUUUUGCAGUCCUGGAUGUUUAACAUGCAAGGGACAAAGCCGAGGGCUUGAGACGAAGCAUUGACUGGAGCGGGUUGUAAGGGAUGGGUGCGUUGCCUGAGGAAGAGCCCAGGAAGGCCGGGUGGUUUCAGAGUUUUGCCCCCAUGGGAGCUCACCCUAUUCACAGGCAUCCGAGGUUGUUGUUGCCUGCAUUGCUACGGGAGUGAAUGCUGACCAAAUGGCUCAUCCCAAUAUUAACGUGUUUGUUUGCUCUGUAGCUACCUGGAAGGAUUUCCCUCACUUCCUAUGGAUAGACAUUGCAUACCAGAAUUUCAUUAGCAAAAGUGACCUCUGUAAGCAGGUGUCAGAGCAUCCCCUGCAUAUGCUUUUGGAGUCAGGCAUGCCACCUCUAGUUUUUUUUAGAUCAAAUAGACUUUCCAAUUUCAUGUGACUGAAUAAUUUUAAGAAAUGCUGCAGCAAAGACAAGGCAGGGAAGUAAGGCAAUAAUCUCUUUGGGUGAGAUUCAAAACAUCUGUUUUAGUGACUGCAGACUGUGAGAUGCUGAUCCAGAUGACUGUGCCUUACAACUUUAUUGAUGUUGCAGUCUGAAACCAAGCGUCAGCACAUUUUUUCCAGUUUAAAUUACUAUGUUAGAUAUAUAUUUUUAAAUCAGUUGAUAAAACAGUAAUUACAUGAUGAGUUAAUGAAUUGGUUUAUGUCUUCUUUCUACUGGUCGGCUUAACGUACAGGAGCAGAAUAAUAGAGAAAGCCUCAAAACUUUGUCUCGUUGUGGUGAUACUUGCACCACCUUCUCCUACAAAAUAGUCUGGAGCUUGAAGCUAGUUUGCCUGGUUUUGGUGAGUCCUAGAGGAGGAAAUCAUUCAUCAAAAAUCAUUAAAACCUAUAUGUGGCAUGUGAUUCUGUGCAAUACUAUGGAUGGAGGCAGGAUUUCCCAUCAGAUGUCACCCAGCAACAGUGCCUGUAUCCUUAAACAGGCUCCUAAAAUUGACUUUUUGCCAGCAUCGCUGACCAUGACCAUCUCCAAAAAAAAAAUCUGACCUUGUAAGAGAAAAAAGAAAGUGGCAGCGUAGUUUUCAGAAAUGCUCUGUGGCCUCCCCACCUGCUUGAAGUCUGCAGCCCUCGCUGGCAGUCAGCACUGGUGACAGUCAAGCCCUUCUCUAUAGCCAGGGUCAUAUCAGUGGGUGAUGGGUAGGACUGUCUUCUCCAAAUAUUCAGAACCUCCUUCUCAAUUUGCAUCUUUGAUUUCAAAGGGGAGGAGGGGAAGAAAAAGCGUAAGUGAGUUUUUGUGCGUGGAAACUGGGACAGCUAGACGGGUCUGCACGUGUGCAUCUGCAGAUGCAGAACUCUGGGCAUGGAUCUGGAAAGUACUCUCAAAAGUGCCUGCGAGCUCAUCUCGCAGCAAACACAACUUGGCUCUGUAUGUGCAUGGGGCAAGGAGCUUCUCUGUGGUGGUGGAGAGGGCUUGGAGAAAUGAUUAGAAAAAAAGCUCUGCCCUCAGGUGUGGGAAGUAAGAGUCACUGAGGGCUUCGUCAAAACCAUUUAACUCGGUGUUUCCUGUUUUAAGUUCCCUUCAGGUACCCCAGUGAUAUCUCUCAGGGGUGCAGGCAGUGUGUGACCUUCCAAACAGCCACCCCACCCCUUACUAACCAACUCUGCCCCACUGAUGGCCUAACCAAGGCAGUCACGUGCCAUGUAGUGGCAUGGCAUAUGUGUACAGAGACAGGAGAAGAUGUCCACUCUACCUAUCGAUCACUGCAUCAGCUGGUGACCCAGCACUUUCUCAGGUGUGUAUCAGUAGGUAUGGGUAUGUAAGAUGGGCUCGAAGCCACGUGCUCUCGUGUCCUGGCAGUGCCACUGUGAGGAUUUAGUGUCCUGAGCUGACUUGAAGGCCUAAGGAGCAAAGCAGUUGGCAAGAGCGCUGUGGCUUUAGUGACUGUGCUGCAGCAGAAAAGUGGCAAUGCUGGGAGCUGGGGGCCCCGGGGCACUUGCAGGGCAGCAUCUUGAUGCCGCUCUCCUCAUUUGAACCUCUGGGUUAUGUGCUGGAAAGCAAAAGCUCUGCUCUCAGAUGGACCUUGCAGGCAGGAUGCCCGAUGCUUAUCUGGGAGGCGUGCUCAGUCUCAAGCUGCACUGCUGACCACGUGCCCAGAGCACAGGGCAGGAGGCCAGAGAAGGACGCUCCCAUGCUCAGUGAAGCAACAACGCUUAGCUCCUGGGCAUUGCUCUCCUGAGGUUGAUCUCCAGCUGUGUUACCCAGCAGGGCAGAGACUGGUUUCGGGCAUACAGAGAGGAAGGCGAAGUGACUUGGCAGCAGAGCAGUGACAUUAGUAGGAAUAUGACUUCCCUCCAUCAUGCACUCUCCUUGUUAAUACAGUGUUGGCACAGGGAGUGGAGGAAGACUAAUUAGCACAUGAAAGCUUAGCAGGUAGCAGAGCCAGGCUUUGGUGGACAGCUCUGUUGGAGGCAUGAGCUUUUUGCGUGCCACCUUCGUUCCGUCCUUUCUGGGCUAUCUAUCUGACCUGCUGAGUGGUAUGUGCAAGCGUAUGUGCUCUGAAGCUAAAUGCGUAACGAGACCCAUCACCAGGCUGUCAUGCACGGAGCAGCAGGGAGGCUUAUUAAGAGCAAGUGUGCAAUCACAGCCCAACAUAACGGGGAAGAAGGGCUGGUAGUCUCCUCUCUGCAGGUAGCAGGUGCACCUCAAGGUUUACCAGAGCUGCCACACUGUUGGCUGUUGCAGUUUCCAGGACAAGCCAAAUAAACAGGGCUGUUGCAGAUCAGAUCUCCACAGCUAUAACAGAUCCACAGAGGAAAUUGUUGCUCUGGUUUUAGUCUCUGUUUAUCCACCUUCCACCUUUUUCAUCUAGAAAAUGUAAAAGCCAGCCAGGGCUUUAAUGGGCUAAUUAGGAUAUGUCAGGCACGAUGGGCUACCCAUGAAUUUGAUUCUCUUGGCCCAAAAGGGAAAUAUUUAGGGAGUUUUAUCAUGGUUUUCUUGUCGCCAUUUCCUCUGUUAAAAUCCUGUGUUGGUCCCUUGAAUAUGGACAAAGUAAUUUAAUGAACGAGCUGAUUCCCAUCCCUGUCUUUGCAGACUCUCUUAAUAUUUUUCUGGGUAGGAUCCUUGCUUCCGGUUGGAUGCGACCAGUUUCGGAUGUACAUUACCAGGGUCCAUCCCCUCAUUCUUGUAAUGGGCCAGGAGCUGCUGAUGCCUUUAAGUAUCUCGCUGCCUUAAUGGGAUUUGCUGCCAGCUGCCAAAUUGAUCCCUAGUGUGUAAGCAGGAGAGAAGGAUGAGAACUGCUCCCCCCUCACCUAUUAAUAAAUCGGCAUCGCAGGGAAGAGUUUUCUGCCAGGAGCUAAGUCUCAUCAGCACAUGCUGCUAAGGGAGGGGAUGGUUAGCUGGGGGCAGCUGCCCUGCAGGGAGCAGGUCUAGGAGCAAAGGGAUUUGGCCCAAAGCGACAAUGCUGCAGCAUUAACAGGAGCACAGUCCACCCAGGAGGCCUCUCAGCAUCACUUAGCUGGUGUCCUACGAGCAGCUCUGCUGGAGUGGCUGGUGCUACCCUGCAUACUGAAAGGCUCUCCUCAGCCAGAGCUUUAAAAAAUAAUUGGAGAAAGAAGCAGGAAGCUGCGUGCCAGCCAGCCAGUUAUUUCAGUGUCUAAAAUUCCUUCCUUUUCCUGAAGGGAGCGUAUCCAGGACGGCAUCCCACCCCAACAAAAGGGCCCUGACAAGCGAAGGCAGGUCCUGCUCAGACUUGGAUUGCAUUCUGCACCUCCCAGCUCUGCAGAGCCCAGCCCAUUGCAGGGACCUUAGCAUCCCAUUUGGGGACAGGCCAAAGGGGAUGCUAGCCCUGUCCAGUGUCCCCAUCGCAGCUGUGUGCACAGGCCACCACCUGCACAGGGCUCCUGGCUGUCAUGCUUGUUACCAAGGCCGUUACUCUCAUUGAAGUCUUAGGGUUGCUUUGCACUUGGAACAAAUUCAUCUUCAUUGCUAGAUGAAAAGGAGAUACUUUUUUUGGUGGCCAAGGAGGAGAAUGCCCAGGAGAUAUUGAGGAGGGAAAGUCUCAUACACACCUCCUCUUCAAAUACAUGCAAAUGACAGGUCAGCUCAGGAUCAUUUCCCACAUGGUUCCUUGGCUUGCUACUGUGUUCAGAGCCCAACGUGCUCAGGCUCAUUGCCAUGGGCAGUGUCUGCACUGGUAGGACACGGGCACUUCUGGGGUACAGUUAGUCAGAUGGUUCAUGGUCCAGUAAUGCCAAUCUCUUCAUUGAUAGAACAGGGUUUGAGAUGGCUUAGAUGUCUCCUUGGUACCACCCAGUGCCAGGUGAGAUUAAUCCUGCCCUGCAAUAACUUUCUCAGUAUGCCAGAGCAUCCUGGCCACGUUUUUACUGUUGGCAGCACCUUGCUCCCCUAAAGUUCCCCUGGGGGAUACUGGAAAUGUCCUGGCUGAGACAAAGGACCAGCCUUGAAGAGUGGAGAUGGCACAGAAAGCGUGUGACCACUGGGUUGGCGUGCCUUGUGUCAGUGUACAUGGCUCCUUGAGCAGGUCUGUGAAGCUUUUGGACCUUCCAGGGAGGCACAGGCCAGGGGGCAGGUAGGGCAGGGCAGCUGCAGGACAGCAAGGAGGACUUGUCCUGGGCUGAAUUCAAGGUGCCACCACAGACUGCGAGCUGGUGCUGCAGGCAGAAACCUGGCCUGCUGCAGGUGCAUCUGAAAGGGCAGGUCUGCUGCCCAGUCCCCAAAAGAAGGGGAUGCUGGCGAGACUUUUAGAAACCAGUCCAGCUAGCUGGGAGGUGACACAGGUAGUGGAGAUCCUGUGUGGGAGGUCUCUUGCUGUCACUAGAAGACAGACAACCUGGCAGUGACAGCCUUGAUCAAGCCUUAGGGGCAGUGGAGUCAUUUUUAAGCUCUGCACUGGUUUCCUAUGGCCCAAGGACAAAUGGUGUGAGCCGAGAGGAGGUGUAGCAUGGUCUUACACAGGCAACAAGAGCAGGGGCUUGCUCUGACCCGUCCCUCAAACAAGGCAACCGCCACUGGCAUGUCCUCUCCCCAUUGCUGUCAGAAACCUCAUUGCACCUGCACAUCCCCAGCUGGAGCUCAGUGUGAUCAUGCUAAAAUUAAGGGAUUGAGAUAGUUUUUUAAGCAUGCCAGGGGACAACGGCCUUGCAAUGGGAUCCUCACGCACAGCACAGCAGAAACCAGAAAAAUAAAAUGUUGGAUUCCUGGGUGGAGAGUUGCGGUAUCAUUUAUAAAUGUAAAACCUGAGGAAGAGAGUGACUGCACAUGCAACCAGGCAAGCCGCCACUUUAGCUGAAGAGCAAGAGGAACAUCUUGAAAUGGACGCUAGAGGGAAGAAGAGAGUCUCACAAGUGUAACUUCUAAAAGUAAAACGACUCACAAACCAAACCCAAGCGGCUCCAGAGCGUUUGGGAGACAUUCAGCACACAGUGGGUUCAACAUUUUCUUUUUUACCUUCUCCAGCAUCCAGUGUGCUGUCCUCGUGUGAUGCCCCCAAGUGUGCUAUGCUGGUAGUGGCUUGCUGUAUCACAUAUGACUUUGAUUUACUUGGAAAUACUUCCUUAGGAAACCUGCAAUGCCCACAAAAUGUAACAGAGAACAUCCUGGACCCCUGCCUUGGCACUGGAAAGCCGUGGUGCUAUAGGCUAUCAGUGGUGCUAUGAGGCAUCUGAUGAUGCUAUGUGCAAUCCCAGCACUUCUUAAAGAGAUGAUCUUUGUCAUAGGCCAUAGCUGCAAGCUGCAAGCUGCAAACAGGCUCUAGACCAUGCAUGGCUUGAGUUCCAGCUUCUCCUCCCUUGUUGACCAGAGACCUCUCAUCUCUGGAGCCCAGCAGAGCAGGAAGAGCUUCCUGGGGGCUGUGCUCCCCAGUGCUGCAGGACAAAUCUCUGCUGCCAGGUCUACCAGUCUGAAACCAGUCCUCUCCCAGCCCAGCUGUGCUAAAGCUCCCUGCCACUUCUCUCCCCUUUAUCCCCACCCUUAUCUUUUCCAUCCUUCUUCCCCUGCCCUGCUCCUGGUUCUCACCCAGCUCAGCCCACCUCCUGCAAGCGGCUGCUGGCCUCUUGGUACCUCCCAGGCAGGACCUCACUGGAAGAGCGGUGCAAGCUGGGCAGAGUUUGCAUUUGUUACUGCUCUUCUCUCUUCCACGGCUUUCCACCUGCAGGGAUCUUGGCCCUCCUCUUGGCAGCAGGACAGUGCUGGGAGACCCUCGUGGGUUGCAAGGGGCUUCACAGCAGCAGCCAUGAAGGCUGGUCCUGAGGGCUCAACAUCUGCCACCACCCAGCCCACAUCACUUCUGCCCCAGCCCUUUCCCCACAUGGAGCCUGGCAAAAUCAACACCCAAAUUCUUACUGCUGCUCUGUGGGCAGGAUCAGACCUUUCUUCCCCAACAGCAAGUACCAGCCCAGUCCCUUCUCCAUCCCUGGGUCACCUUGCUGCUGCAGGCUCCUGUCACCAGCAUCAUUCACACCUCAGGGGACAUCUAGAGCCGUGACAGGGGCCUGAAGACAAGUACCACAGUACCUGCUCUCCCCACCAGCCAAAACACAUGGGCCCCGGCCAUGCUGGGGGACGAUGCUGAGUGUGUGCUGUCUCCUGGUCAUGCUCUGGGCUGAUCAAGCCCACAUAGACCAGGGCUGUGCCGGGGCAGGUGCUAACCAAGUGUACGGGCAAUCAUGGCUGCACCAUCUGCCACGUAAAGGAGCUACAUAGAUUCAGGGAGAGAAAAAGCAAAGGUGAAACUGUUGUGGGAGCAAGAGAUGGAAACCUUUGGGAGAUCUGCCCCAGGAGGAAGGCACUUGGCGAGAAGAGGAAGAAGCGUACUGCAGCGGGCAGCAUGGGGGGAGACGGACAUGCCGGCAGCAGCAGUCAGGUUGGGAGCACCACGCCAUCCUGCCACGGGAGGAGAAGCGCGUUCUGGUGGAUGAGAUGUGGAGCUAGUAACAAGGCAGGGCUGAUGGAUCCCCCUCCAAGAGCGGAGGGGUUAGAGCAAACCGUGGUGUUUCCAGACCAGCCAAAUGACUCUGCUAAUGUUGCAUGGUCUUGCCAAGGCGAGCAUCUUCUAGGGUCUGGGUAUGGACCUGUCAGCCCUUACCAGAAAAAUGCUGCACACCAGGAACAACAGCCAGGAUCAGGACAGGGUCAUCUUCUCCAGGAGAAGGGGAUUUCCUGGAUUAGUCACCAAAUUUUCCCCUGUUCAGAAGCUCAGUCCCAAGAGCUGCUGAGACCCUCCAGGGGAUGUCGCCUGCUGCCUCCCUAGGUGGGUCUUCACAGGGAUAGCGAGGAAUUAAAAAUAUUCAUAGGUCUUGUAGGGUCAAAGCAACAAAUAUCUUUUUUUCCCCUGGAUGAUCACUAACAAAUUCAUUUUUAAAUAGGAAAAAAAAGAAUCUAAGCUAAAAAACUCUCUUUUCCCUGAUUUGUCCUAUCCCUUUUAUCUAGUGUCAGUUUUGGUGAUUUUGAAGAAGAAAAAGGGAGGUAUUACCUUCCCCUUUGAACUGCCAUUGCCCAAUCCUGAUUUUUUGGAUUAUGAACAGUCCAGGGGAAGCAGGAAUCCAAACACAAACCUUUGGAUUAGAUUAGUGGCAUGGAAAAACAAAUGAGACGCUCUUGCUGCUGUGGAAAAAGUGAUAACUUUAGCUUAAGAUCGAGCAACUUUGCAAGUGAUUUACAGAGGAAGAUGAAUAGGAGGGUUCAGCUUUGGGAUCAGCUGCAGCUAAUUCACAUUGGAUUUUAUAACUGCCUCUUCAGAAGGCACCACCAUUGCUGUGUACUGCACCUGGUGGUGGUGCAGCCCUGCCCCAGGCCAUGUUGCGAUGUCAGGACCAGCCAACAUCGCACAGUGAGUUGCGAGAGCCCGCUACUUUCUUAUCCUGGCUAUGGUACAGUAAGUCAGGACAAUUAGGCACCCCCUACUCACACCUGGAACUCCUGUCGCCUGGAACCAUACCCGAGACUCCUGCUGCUUGGUUCAUGGCUCACUUUUGUGGUUGCCUGACAAGAAUUAUGGCUGGAAUGAAAUUACACGGACCAAAGUCAAUCGUCUUGCGAACCUAUGAACAGCGGUCCCAAGCGAGGCCCUCUGAGCUCUCCUGGACUACAGCAGGCUGCAACCAGCAUCUCCCUCUGAGGGGGAUGCCUCUCAGAUCUCACAAACUGUCCAGUUUAUGAAACUCAGAGGACUGUUGCCAAAAACUGACGAUGGGACCUGGGCUGAUACCCUUCACUCCUUGAGGCUCAACCCUUCGCGUGUUGAGAAAUGCUGAGACAUUUGACGUGAAUAUUUUACUGAACUGGAGGGGAAUAUUUAACAGGUAUACCUCUGUUUAUCUACCUUUGUGUCUGUGUGCAUGCAUGUGUGAAUUGAUUCUAUUGAAUCACUUUGCAAAUGUUGAAUUAGUCAGUGAUUAAGUUUUAGUAAAUCUUGUGAUUUACCUCAAACUGUAAA